AAUUUAAUCACUUACUUAAAAUUGUUAUUUUGUUUCGGGACACGUUUGCUGAGCGUCCAUACGUAAAAAUUAAAAUCGGGAACGCACGAUGGCGAAUUGAGUUUUACGUGGUUGUAAAGUACCGGUACUUUUGGUGAAAUCAUCGAAAAAAUUUGUACAAAUCUCAAAGUGUAUAAAAAAAAAAAAAUUCACGUUUUAAAAUUAAUAAUAUAUUCUACAUUGAUUUCAAUCUUCAAGUUUGACAAUUCAAUUUUUUGCCAACGUACUUUUUGACCGAACAAGAUACAUAUAUUCACUUAUAUAUACAUAUAUACACAUAUAAAUAUAUAUAUAUAUAUAUACCAAGAAGAAAUAUGAGUUUGCAGUGGACACUGGUUGCUAUUUUCUUAUAUUUAGAAAUAAUAUUUACAUUAUUGCUAGUAUUACCUAUACUAUCUCCAACAAGAUGGCAGAAAUUUUUCAAAUCGCGCUUUGCACAAAGUUUAAAUUAUCAAUCGUCAACUUUUUUCUAUAUCCUAAUUGCCAUAUUAAUUCUAUUUUGGUUGGAUUCUCUUAAAGAUAUAUAUAAAUACAAUACUGUUGGAAGCCGUGCUGGAGAACAUGCUCAUUUAGAUGCAGAAAUGCAAGGAAACAUGAAACUUUUCCGAGCGCAAAGAAACUGUUACAUAUCAGGAUUUUCAUUAUUUUUGACUGUAGUUAUAUAUCGUCUUGUAAAAUUAAUCUCUUCGCAAGCUACGCUAUUAGCUCAAAGUGAAGCUGCUAUGAGACAAGCUCAAUCUGCUACGACCACAGCUAGAAGUUUACUUUCUCAAAAACCAAGCGGUGAAAGCGCUCAAAAUGAUUCUAAUGAAGCACACGAUAAAGCCGUUUCAGAAUUGAAAAAUCAAAUCAAAGAAUUGCAAGCUAAAAAGCUUGAACUUGAAACUGAAUUAACAAGAGAGAAAAAAGAUAAAGAAGCUAUCAAAUCUCAAGCUGAUUCUUUAGCAAAAGAAUAUGAUCGUUUGAGUGCCGAACAUGCUAAAAGUUUACAAUCGAGUGGAGAUAAAAAAAGUGAUUAAGUUGUUGCCUUCCUUUUUUCUCUCCACCAAAAUAAAAAUAAAAAUAAUAAUA